UAUAGUUUAUAAAUUAAAAGUUGAUAAGUCCUAUAAGGAUAGGGAGUUUGCAACCUCAGGGAGUUUUCCUGGUGAAAUCAGGAACUGAUCCCCCUACACAGAGUACAAGCAGUAACCCUAAGAGGCAGGCCACUCCAGAUUGGUAGGUGACAGGUUUAAUAAGCAAGGGAACUUACUUAGGCAGCUUGUCUCGGAUGGCUGCAAGAUGAGAUCUCCAUCCAGAUUCUUAAGAGUUUAUAUAGAGGACUUAAUAUGGUUUGGUUACCUAAUGUCCAGAUGGUCUCAACAACACGUUACUCACAAGGCUACCUCCUAUAGGUGCUUUCCAGUACAGAAACAGUGGGAGCAAUGUAGUUCCAAGAACAGAGAACGAGGUGAGGAGUCUCUGCCCGCUUUAUCUCUCGUGUCUACUGGAGGUCAGACACUCAACAAGGUCAACACUCCCUAAACUGAACCUGGUUACCGGCUCUGAUUCUACUUAAAGAGCAGAUGUACUGGACCCACGAAGCAGAAGCAGGGUUAGGAGAAAGACACGAGAAUGAAGGAGCCUUCCUCCCGUGAGACACGAGGUAAGGAACUCAGACUUGAAAGGCUGUCUCCGGCGACAACUUUCAGGAACCCGCAAGGAGAGGAGCGCGAAGACGGCACCGCCCACCUCGGCAAGGCGCCGGCACUGGGCUUCCGGCGGCGGACUUAGUCUUUCCAGGCACUUCCGCCUCAGCCUCCCGGGAAGCCGGGCACUUCCUUUCCCAGGGUCUCUCCCGCCGACCACGACACCAGCAUGGCAGGCGCUGAGUUGCGCACGGCGCUCGAGCAGCGGCUCGGCGCGCUCGCCAUCCGCACGGAGGUGGUGGAGCACCCGGAGGUAUUUACAGUUGAAGAAAUGAUGCCUCAUAUCCAACAUCUGAAAGGAGCCCACAGUAAGAACUUAUUUCUUAAAGACAAAAAGAAAAAGGGCUAUUGGUUGGUGACAGUUCUUCAUGAUAGACAAAUUAAUUUAAAUGAUCUUGCCAAGCAGUUAGGUGUUGGGAGUGGAAAUCUGCGGUUUGCUGAUGAAACAGCCAUGCUAGAAAAACUAAAAGUUGGCCAAGGCUGUGCCACACCCCUGGCACUCUUCUGUGAUGAUGGAGAUGUGAAAUUUGUACUGGAUUCUGCUUUUUUGGAAGGUGGACAUGAAAAGGUGUACUUUCAUCCAAUGACCAAUGCUGCAACCAUGGGAUUAAGCCCUGAAGACUUUGUUACAUUUGUGAAGAAGACAGGACAUGAUCCCAUAAUACUAAAUUUUGAUAAAAACUAAUUGGGCCAAUAUUUAGAAUACAUGUUUCUGAAAGCUGUUUUUAUUUGUAAUUUGUAAAAAGCAUUAAAAGUGAUAAUAUUUAGCA